AUGUCGUCGACAAACAAGAGAAUAGCAUUGCCCGCAAGAGUAGAACCAAAAGUGUUUUUCGCCAAUGAAAGAACAUUUUUAUCGUGGUUGAACUUCACCGUCAUCUUGGGCUCCUUGGGUGUGGGUCUUUUGAACUUCGGUGACUACAUCGGCAGAGUCUCAGCUGGCUUGUUCACUUUUAUCGCCAUGUUGACCAUGAUCUACGCCUUGGUCACCUACCACUGGAGAGCCAAGGCCAUCAGAUUAAGAGGAGCUGGUCCAUAUGAUGACAGAUUUGGCCCUACCAUGUUGUGUUUCUUCUUGUUGGCCGCCGUCAUUAUCAACUUUGUCUUGAGAAUAAGAUCCUGA